AUGAAGGUUCUCUGUCUCCACGGAAAAGGCACCAGCGGCGCCAUUUUCAAAUCACAAACCUCAUCUUUCCGCGCCCAACUCGCCCAAAAAGACAUCCAAUUCGACUUCAUAGAUGGCCCAGCAAAAUCCGGCCCCGCAGCUGGUAUAGACCUCUUCUACCCAGCGCCCUACUACGCAUUCUGGGAACAGGGUUCCGUGGAAGACAUCCGAUCGGCCUGCUCCUGGCUCACGGAAUACAUCAACAAGCACGGACCCUACGAUGCCGUGAUGGGGUUUUCGCAGGGAACCAUCCUCGCCUCAACAUACCUCCUUUUCCACGAGGAGGAAACGCCCCAUCUCCCCGCACCGUUCAAGGUAGCAAUCUUCCAUUGCGGAGGUGUCUCGUUGCAGGUACUACAGGAAUUGGGAUUUAAUAUUACCCCUGGUAUGCAUGAGCGGGAUUUGAAGUCGCGGAAUGCGCUGAAUAGCUCGGCGAGUACGGAGGCUAUUUUGAGAAUGGGGACGGAUAGGUGGAAGGGGGAUAAUUCUCGUGGAGGGCUAUCGGAGGACGCGCUUAGGGAUGAGGUUAAGGGACCGGUGCAGAUCUCUAUUCCGACUGUUCAUGUUUAUGGGUCGAAGGAUCCGAGGUACACAGCGGGUUUGCAUUUGUCGGGAGUUUGUGAUCCGGCGACGCGUCGAUGCUAUGAUCAUGGUGGUGGGCACGAGAUUCCGCGGCGGACGGUUGUUACGAAUGCUAUUGUGGAGUUGUUCGAGUGGGCGAUGGAGGAGAUUAAUGAAUGA